GAAUGGCUGGGUCAGUGAGAUACAGAGCCCAACACUUCUUGGACGACAAUGGGGGUCCAAGGGAUGUAUGGGUCUCUGUCUUUGUUGCUCUUGGCCGGAUGGGUUUUUUAUGUUCAUACACUGGAGCUGUCUGCAAUAUUAAAGCUUCAGAAUGGUCAUAUGCUAAAUGGAAUCAAGGCUGAAGGUAUCUUGAACUACCCAACCAGUGCUAAAUCCUACCCAGAAAGCUGCACAGCAAUACAUCAUGGAAGUAGUGGUCUCUAUGUAAUAGAGCCAAUAUCAGGGAAGCGCCUACUGGUACGUUGUGAAUUUGGUGAAGAUGGAGGAUGGACCGUCAUACAGACAAACUGCAAAAAAACACCAAAGAUUUGGGAUACCACAUGGGAGUGCUACAAAAAAGGUUUUGGAGACCUACAAAGUGACCACUGGCUCGGUAAUGAAAAUAUUCACAUACUGAGCACACAAAAGUUGCAUCGCAUUCGAUUUCGAGUGCGCUCUGCUUAUGGUACACAGCAUAUGGCCAACUAUGAUUCCUUUGCUCUUGAGGAAGAACAAAGCUGUUAUAGAAUACGAUUAGGACGAUAUUCAGGUAAUGCUGGAGAUGCCAUGACAUCUGGACAGGCUAGCGCAGGACAUGAUAAUAUGAGAUUCUCUACCCGUGAUCGUGACAAUGAUUUAUCAGGAACCAACUGUGCAUACGUUGGUGGUGGGGGUUGGUGGUAUGACAACUGCAGGUUCGCCAAUCUCAAUACUGGCUCUGGAAUUUACUGGCAGCAGUUAUGCAAAGGAGAUUGUCAGUCUAGUGAUAUUCUUAUUCAGCCAGUUUAUAGCUGCCCAGAAGAUGAUGGAGGAAAUGGUGGAGGAGGUGGUGGGGGUGGAGGUGGAGGAGAUGGAGGUGGCGGUGAUGGUGGUGGAGGAGAUGGAGGUGGUGGAGGAGGUGGAGGUGGUGGAGGUGAUGAUGACUCAACACCAAAUCCAUGUCAACAUGACAAAUAAGCUAUUGUUACUGUUGUUAAAUGAUUGUAUGUAUAUGGUAGGUUAUUUUACGUAUAUGCUUUUUAAUGCUUUGUAGCUAAAUCAAUGUAUAAGCCCACAGAAAUUUAAAUAUGAGAUAAGCAUUAAAAGAUGUUAUAAAAUAA